AUGACGAAGAAGAAAAAGCAUCUGGAGUGGUUUUUAUCAGAUUUAGAAACGUUUGAAACUCCGAAAGUAUGGUUGGAGCAGUACGCUACUGGAGCAGAAAUGGCUGUUUCUAUUUUGGAAACUAUUGAUGGAAACGGCCAUAUACGAGACUGUACAGUUGCUGACCUCGGUUGUGGCUGUGGAGUUUUUAUGCUUGGAGCGGUGGAGUGUGGGGCCCUUUACUCAUUGGGCUUAGAGAUUGAUAGUGACGCUAUCAAAAUCUGCAAAAGAAACAUUGAGCAAGUUGACUUCGGGAAAGUUACUGAAGUUUUAAAUAUAGAUGUGAUUAAAAGUAUCGCCGCUGUUCGUGGUAUAUUGUUUGAUACAGUGAUAACAAAUCCGCCAUUCGGAACAAAGAACAACGCUGGAAGUGAUGUUAAAUUUGUUGAAGCUGGAAUGUCGCUACUUCGAGACGGGGGCCACCUUUAUUCGUUACAUAAAACUAGCACCCGCAAAUUUAUCUUGAAGAGUGCGAGAAAGUGGCAGAAUAUUAAAGCAGAAAGUACCGGUGCCGUUGAAAAACAAGUUAAAGAGAUGGAUUAUACAGACAGUGUAGCUGUUGAUGAUUCAAAUGUCAUUCGGAUCCAGCCCUCGUGUUCAAGGCGUCCAACUCUUGAAAUUAAUAAAGACAGUGUUAAUUUGGAGUUGCAAAAGAUUCCAAAGAUGGUUGCUGCUCCAAUGGUCCGUUAUUCUAAGUUGCCUUUCCGUCUCCUCGUACGGAAGUACUCUGCUGAUGUUGUGUUUACCCCGAUGAUCCACGCAAAAAAUUUUAUUGCUUCAGAGAAGUGCCGUAACUCAGAAUUCACAACGUGUAAAGAGGAUCGGUCUUCAAUAGUGCAGUUUGCAUCAAAUGAUCCUGACGAAUUUUCUUCAGCUGCAAUGCUUGUUAGCAGGGACGGUUAUGGAUCCAGUUUAUUGUCGAAUCCUGAACUGAUUGCUGAUAUUGUCGCCCAUACCCGACGACGUGUAUCUGAAACAAAUUAUUCUGUUUCGAUUAAACUAAGAAUUUGUGAAGACCUGAGACAAACAAUAGAACUGUGUCGACGUGUCGAGAAGAUUGGUGCGUCUUUCAUAGUAGUACAUGGAAGAACUGUUUCUCAGAAGUGUGAAGCUCCCAAUUACAAAGCCAUCAAAGGAGUAAAAUCCGCAGUAGGGAUACCAGUGUUUGCCAAUGGAGGUGUUAAUUCAUAUCGACAAGUUUUGCAGGUGGCAGAAUUCACAAAUGCUGAUGGGAUUAUGUGCGGAAGCGGUCUUCUUGAAAAUCCUGCAAUGUUUGCAGGACAUGAAUUUACACCAUUGCAGUGUGUUAAGGAUUGGGUUCAACUGACUGCUGAACAUGGAUUACAGUUCGAUUUGUUUCAUCAGCACCUGAUAUUUAUGCUUCGCAGAAUUCUCCCAGCAAAUCAAAGAAUUUUCUUCAAUAACCUUUGUAGCAGAGCCGCAGUCACAGACUAUUUAGUUGCAAAUAUUUUCUAG